GGAUAGAGCUCUGCCUUCACUUCCAAGUAACAACAGUACCAGCCCAGCAGUGUCUGUGACGAGAAGUGCCCUCGGUGGUAUGUCAGGAAUGAAAAAGAGGGGUACGGCCAAACAAGAACACGAUGACUACGCCGAGAUAGUCGACAAUGAUGACUAUGCAAUGCCCGAUGCCAAAGAUUAUGAAUUACAGAGAGAAAGCGUUUCGUUACAAGCUAUUAUCGGCGAAGGACAAUUUGGAGAUGUGUAUCAAGGUGUAUAUAGUGAUAUGGAUGGUAAAGUUAUAGAUGUGGCAGUAAAGACAUGUAAAGUCAUCAGUGUAGAGGCGUAUGCUGAAAAGUUCCUAGAGGAAGCAUAUAUAAUGAAACAGUUUGAUCACCCGCAUAUCAUUAAGUUAAUUGGUGUCUGUACAGAAGAUCCUAAAUGGAUUGUUAUGGAAUUAGCCCCCCUAGGGGAGAUGAGAACAUAUUUACAAAACAAUAAGCAGGAUUUAGACUUAGCCACGUUGAUUUUAUAUUGCUGCCAACUCAGUACUGCUCUGUCCUAUUUGGAAAGUAAAAAAUUUGUACAUAGGGAUAUUGCUGCACGUAAUGUUUUAGUUGCAGCGGAAGAUAAUGUGAAAUUAGGCGACUUUGGUUUGUCACGGUGGGUCGAGGAUCAGUCAUAUUAUAAAGCUUCAAAGGGUAAAUUGCCAAUAAAAUGGAUGGCACCAGAAUCUAUCAACUUUAGACGAUUCACAACAGCUAGUGAUGUAUGGAUGUUUGGUGUAUGUAUGUGGGAGAUUCUAAUGCUGGGAGUGAAACCCUUCCAAGGCGUUAAAAACAAUGAUGUCAUCGGUAAAAUAGAGAACGGUGAGCGACUCGCAAUGCCGCCAGAGUGUCCACCCACACUGUAUAGUGUUAUGACACUAUGCUGGUCGUAUGAACCUUCAAAAAGACCUCCAUUUCAAGAUCUUAAAAAUAGAUUAAAUGAAAUUCUUGUAGAAGAAAAAGAACGACAAGAAGACAGGGUACGCAUGGAGACUAGAAGGGCGGCAGCAUUUACUAUGGGGGUAUCUGAGGACCCACCUCCUAAGCCAUCAAGACCAGGUUUCCCUCCAACAUCGUCAAGUCCUGUACCUACAUUUGACAGUGGUGGUAGUAGUGGAGGUAGCGAUCAUUAUCAACCCCCUCCAUCUCAGUCGCAUUAUCAAACCCCUCCCAGAAGACACUCAGGGUCAAGGCUAUCAGGCGGGUCAUUUGGUCGGCCCGACUCACCAAACAGACCACUUACUGCACAGGAGCUGCAAGAUCUUGAAAUACAGCAUAAACAACAUCAAGUCCGGAUGAGAGAAUUAGAACAUCAGAUGCUGGAACAGCAAUUACAAGAACAACAGAAACAGUCAGAAGAGGAUUCCAGGUGGCUGGCUGGUGAAGAAAAGUCUCUCUUUAAGCUUGAAGAAUCCAAAUCUAAGGAAAUUCAAAAGAAAAUGGAGAUGAGACGAGACAUUCCAAACUCACCAAAACAUAACUUACAGGGUGCAACAGCUGGGACCAUGAAUGGGGGCAGCGAUGAGAACUCAGCAACCAGACCCUUAUAUCAAUCAUACAAUCAGUCUAUGUCAAGUAAUGCUGCGUCUACUGCCCCGGUUACGACAUCAGAACACAGUUAUAAUGACGUAAAUCCCUCAGGUACAAAUGAAGUGGAGAAACCACCUCGUAGGAUUGAACCCACUUUGGAUAUUGACAGGACCAAUGACAGUGUCUUUGACAAUACUACAGGCGUUGUCAAGUCUGUCAUGGAGAUGUCAAAUAAUAUACAGUUUACAAGGCCAGAAGAUUUUGUCAAUCUUGUAAAGGGAGUUGGGUUUGCAUUGAAGCAGUUGUUAACAAGCGUUGACACAGUGGUAUCAGAACUGCCAGUUUCCAAACACAGAGAAGUAGAGAUGGCCCACAAAGUCCUGAGCUCGGAUAUGUCUGAACUUGUGAACUCUAUGAAAUUAGCACAGAAGUAUGCUAGUACAACCUUGGACUUUGAAUAUAAGCGCAAUAUGUUGAAAGCUGCACACGUAUUAGCGAUGGAUGCCAAAAAUCUCCUGGAUGUGGUGGACUCUGCUAGACUGCUGGCGCAAGUUGAAGCUCAAGCUCAGUUAGAUUUGGACCAGGAAGGGGCGACUGCCUAG